AUGUCACUUGAUCGUGAUAACCUCUCGUUCAUUCUCGAGGGAAUCAAACAAGUCAAGUUUGAGGACCGCCCGGUUCCUGAGAUCAUAGACCGUCAUGACGUCCUCGUGAACGUCAAGUAUACCGGAGUGUGCGGCAGUGAUGUCCAUUACUGGGAACAUGGCUCAAUCGGCCAAUUCGUCGUACGUGAGCCCAUGGUCCUCGGCCAUGAAUCCUCUGGCAUAAUCAGCCAAGUCGGCGCCUCCGUCAAGACGCUGAAAGUCGGAGAUCGCGUGGCUCUCGAGCCCGGUAUCCCCUGUCGACGCUGCGAGCCGUGCAAGUCCGGCAAAUACAAUCUGUGUAUCGACAUGGCAUUCGCUGCUACGCCGCCUUACGAUGGCACCCUGGCCAAGUACUACCGAUUGCCAGAAGAUUUCUGCUACAAGCUGCCGGAGACAAUGUCACUUCAAGAAGGAGCUCUGAUGGAGCCCCUGGGGGUUGCCGUGCAUAUUGUGAAACAGGGGGGAGUCACACCGGGUUCGUCUGUUGUUGUUUUUGGCUCGGGCCCCGUGGGCCUUUUGUGCUGUGCUGUCGCAAAGGCGUUUGGCGCGAGCAAAAUCAUUGCUGUGGAUAUCCAGCAAACCCGAUUGGACUUUGCAAAGAAAUACACUGCCACGUCCACGUUCAUGCCGGACAAAGUGUCUUCAGAGGAAAACGCCAUUCGCAUGAAGGAGGAGAACGAUCUCGGACCCGGCGCCGAUGUGGUCAUUGACGCUUCCGGCGCAGAGCCAUCAGUGCACACGGGUAUUCACGUCCUCAAGACUGGCGGUACAUAUGUUCAGGGAGGCAUGGGCAGGUCGGAAAUCACCUUCCCAAUCAUGGCGGCUUGCACCAAGGAGUUGAAUGUCAAGGGAAGUUUCAGAUAUGGCAGCGGAGACUACAAGCUCGGCAUCGAGCUGGUCUCUACGGGUAGAAUCGACGUGAAAGCGUUGAUUACCGGCGAGGUGAAGUUCGAAGAUGCUGAGAAUGCGAUCAAGGAUGUCAAGAUGGGCAAGGGGAUCAAGACCCUGAUUGCUGGUAUUUGA